AUGGCGGAAGCUAUCCGUCCAGAAAUAUGGAAACCACCACGCCUCGUCGCUGGUACCGGUGAUAUCUACCAAACUGGCAUUUCCGAAUCACACGAACGCGAGGGGAAUGCAUUAAACGGGAAAAUUGGGAAUCAACUGGAUUAUAGAAAGGUUGUCGGCAAGACAAAUAAACUUGGAAGUAACGUCUUUCGAAGCAUAGAAUGGACGACAGAUGGCACCUCCCUCGUCGCCAUCACCGAGGAUAACUUCAUCCGUACAUUCAUAGCACCCCCCGACCUCCUAACCUCUUCCACCCCUCAUCAUCUCCUCCCUUACUCCAUAACCCCCACCCCCACAACCCCCUUCACCACAUCUCUCUACCCCUUCUUCACCCUCUCAGACCCAUCCACAACCCAACUUUUAACCUCCACCCAUUCCCAACCAAUCCACCUCCGUAACCUUUUAUACCCCCACAUAACCGCCAGUUAUCCUCUAAUCCACCCCACGACGGAAAAAUACCUAACCCCACAUUCUCUACUCUGGACCACAACGGGCACCCACUUCCUCGCAGGAACAGAUUCACAAAUCCAUCUAUUCGACGUCACCCGCUAUAAUUCCGGUCCCCUGGAAACCUUCACCACCGGUAAAAAGCGAAAAUCCAAUAAAAACAACCCAAAAACCCGAGUACCAAAUUUCUUCUCCUCAUCAACAAUCCAAUCCUCAUCGGACUUAGAUAAUGCAAACACUAGAAGUAUAAUCUCCGCUUUAUCACUACACCACCAAACAAAUACUUUAGCAGCGGGGACCUUCUCAAGAAGAGUUUUGUUGUACAGCUCUCCUUAUCAAGAUGGAGUACUUACUAACGUUAUCAAUCUAAAUUCUACAAAGACUCAUUCACAGUUUAAGAAUUUCCCGGGGAGUAUUAGGGGUAAUGGGAUUACCAAUAUAUCCUUUACGGAAAAUGGAAAUCAUUUGGUGGUGGCGGAGAGAAGGAGUAAUGUGGUGUUUAUUUACGAUCUACGAUAUCCUGCGGAGGUUUGGUCGGUGUUGGUGGGUAGAAAUGCGGGUACGAAUCAAAAACUUGGAGUGUCUUAUUGUUCUAGUUAUGGUACUGGAGAUAAGAGGAUGGGUGGUGUUGUUGUAGCUGGGGGGAUAGAUGGGAUAGUAAGGAUUUGGAAACCAUUUGAAGGUUGUAAGGGGGAGGAAGAGGAGGAAGGAUAUUUAAAGCCUGAAGAGAAAUUUGUGGCUGCGAGGGAUCCGGUGACUGCUGUUGCUGUACAUCCUUGUGGAGAAGUUUUGGCGACCAGUUCGGGGCAGAGGAAGAGCGUUAAUUUGCAGGAUGAAACCGAGUCUGAAUUUGAUUCUGGGUCCGAAGACGAAAAAGAAGAUGGAGAAAAGGAGACGAAUGAAUUAGAGGAUGAAGUUGGGGGUACUGUUAAGUUAUCUGAUGACGGAGUUUGGGAUAAUGGAGUAAGAGUGUGGGCUUUAUAA